UAUCAGGAUGAAUUUCAUCCAUUCAUUGAGGCGCUUCUUCCACAUGUCCGUGCAUUUGCCUACACGUGGUUCAACCUACAAGCCCGGAAACGAAAGUACUUUAAGAAGCAUGAGAAGCGGAUGACAAAGGACGAAGAGAGAGCAGUGAAAGAUGAGUUGCUGAGUGAGAAAGCAGAGGUGAAACAGAAGUGGGCAUCAAGACUGCUUGCCAAACUACGCAAGGACAUCCGUCCUGAGUAUCGCGAAGAUUUCGUGCUGACCAUCACAGGGAAGAAGCCUCCCUGCUGUGUUCUCUCCAAUCCGGACCAGAAAGGCAAAAUAAGACGUAUCGAUUGUUUACGGCAAGCAGAUAAAGUUUGGAGGUUGGAUCUAGUGAUGGUGAUCCUGUUUAAAGGGAUCCCUUUGGAAAGUACUGAUGGAGAACGUCUAGUGAAGUCCCAACAGUGUAAUAAUCCCAUGCUGUGUGUGCAGCCCCAUCACAUAAGUGUUUCAGUUAAGGAACUUGAUUUAUACUUGGCAUACUUUGUGCAAGAAAGAGGUAAGUGACAUCAUGAUCAGCUGUUUAACUUAUGCCUUUUAUCCUCCAUAGCACCACUGUAACUGUGAAUGGUUUGCAAUGAUUCUUUAUGUAAAAGUUAUGCUUUUUCAAAAAGACAAUUGUUGCUAAGUGAUUACCUACAUUAUAUUGUUUUCGGCCUGUGGGGCUGCAGGCAAAGUGAAACUGACAAGUGUCCAUUACCAAGUUUUAGUAAACAUCAUUCAUUUGGAAGCACAUUAUCUGAAACUGUGAAGAGCUUGAUGGAGAAAUGCUUACUUUUUAUAACAAAAUA